AAAUCCAUCAUCCACACAAGAGCAACAAAACGCAGAGUCUCUCGGAUCUUUUUGUUUUACUCUGUCAAUUGGUUCUGCUGAUUGGCAUUUCCAAAAUGGCUUACCUUCCAAGAUGCCCGAAACCACCACCACCACCACCCAAACUCCUUCCAAUCGGAGAUCAAACAACCGUCGCCGGAAAAACAAGACCAACCAAACUCAUCAUGACCAACCCCAACCCCAACCCCAACCGCCACUCGACGACGAAUCAAAUCAACCACGAACGAGAAGAAGAUCAAUACCCAGCGACCCUCACGUUCGGAUCGCAAUGUACGUAGCCAUGGCCCAUGCAGGUCUCGCACUCUCCUUGGCAAUCCUCUUCGGAGUCGUCAAGCUUCUCCAAGGCUACUGGCGACCGAUCCAAUGGGCCAUCCUCUGUUCCAUGCCUCUCCGCGAGUUCCACUCCGCGCUCGUCUCCUUCUGGUCUCACUCUCUCAAUCUCGGCCUCUUCGAAACCCUAAUCGCCGUCCCUUUCGCUGCGCUACGUGCCUCCACCGCUUCCCUCAUCGAUUCCCAUGCGGUCUUCCUCCGCAUUUUCCGCAACCACCCAAAGCCCCGCCGCAGAAAGAAGGUCGGGUUCUUCAAGCUCGUCCAAUGGCUUAUCUCUUUCGCUCUCUUCCUAACCAUCUAUGAAAGUGUAGGCCUGGUCCCUAUCUUUGCUUUUGCCUUGGCUUGCUUCGUAGCUUAUUCGUUGGGUUGGAGAGCCAUAACCAAUCCCGGAUUUAAAACCACACUUUCAGCAAUCUCAUCUGCUCGUCGCCGUGGUGGUAAAAAAUUCCGUAACAGUAGCUCAUUGCUAAGGAAAAUGAGCAGGUACAUAACGUGUGCGAUUCUCAAUAGGUUGAAAACGACGGUUGGGAUUGGUUUGAUUAUGUUUAUGAUUAUGGGGUCUGUGUUUGGAUUCCUUUUCUUUUCGUAUAAGAUUGCCAUGGAAGGCAAAGACGCGUUGAUCUCGUUGAAAUCGCAUUUGGAAGAGAACAAUUAUGCGGAAAGAAUGGGGAUUAUGAAAUGGAUGGAUGAUAAUCAUAUAGAUGAAUUAAUCGAUUCUUAUACGGUAAAAUUCUACGAAACUGUUUCAGAGAAUAUUGAUUCUCUAGCAGCUUAUUACAAUGUGACAGAGAUUGUAGAGAGUGUGAGGAGCUACUUAGAGAGUCGGUCUCAGAGUCCGCUCAUUUCCACUAGUGUUCCUCAAGAAGAAGCUAAUUUCCAGCCAUUGUCCAAGAAAUUACAUGGGAUUCAAUCAAAACUGAAAAACAGAGAGUGGAAAGUGAUUUACAGAGACGUUGAUGGUGUUUUCAGAGAGUUCAUAUCUCUGAUUGGCAGGGAAGAUUUAAUGGAGAAAAUCAAAGCAUUUUUGCUUCAAAGUCUGGAUGUAUCGAGACAAGUACUCGCUAGUGGUACAAUGGUUUUAGCAGGAGGUGUGAAUCUUAUCUUCUUCAUGGCCGUGUCAAUUGUUUCAGGAGCUGCUGGAUUGUUGAACUUCAUAUCCGGUUUCAUGGUGUUUCUGUGGCUGCUUUAUUACCUAAUCACCACGGAUUCGGGUGGUGUUAUGGACCAUGUAUUGGGAAUGCUUCCACUAUCGAGCUUCACUCGGGCUCGAUGUGCUCGAGUGCUGGAUCAAGCUGUUAGUAGUGUUUUGUUAGCUGCGGCUAAAGUCACAUUCUUUCAAGGGUGUCUUACAUAUCUGUUGUUUAGAUUCUAUCGCAUUCAUUUCCUUUAUACGUCGACUUUUUUAGCUAUUAUGAGUGCCAUUUUGCCUAUAACACCGCCCUGGCUCUCCUCCAUUCCUGCUGCAGCUCAACUGGCUUUGGAGGUGAGAUACAUUCAGGCCGUUUUGUUGACCGCCAUUCAUCAAAUACUAUUGGAUUAUGGAACUAUUGCGAUUCAAGAUGAGAUUCCAGGACAGAAUGCCUACCUGACUGGGCUUAGCAUUCUUGGUGGGAUUGCUUUGUUUCCCUCAGUCUUGGAAGGAGCAAUUAUGGGUCCUCUACUGAUGACGGUGAUGAUCGCCUUAAAGAAUCUAUAUGUGGAAUUCGUCCUCGUCUCGGCAGAUGAAUCUGGCCAUUGAUGUAGCGUUGAAGGUGAAAGAACUUGGAAAAUUUUGGUGAACUUGUUUUAUUUCCUUUUCUGCUUUGAAAAGAAAUGCCAAAGUUUGACACAAGAUUCAGCGAAUUAGAGCUCCUAAAGUCCGAAGAUAUUGUUUUUUUUGUCCAUGUUUUAUGCAUAUGUGGUUUAUGUGGAGGUUCUUAAUUAAACUGAUCUGCAUCGCAGAAUUCAGCUAGUAUAUGAAGAGCUUCUACACAAUGAUUUGCUGGAAAAUAAUUUAAAAAUCUUAUGUUUAAGCUUUCUUCAUCUUGAUCUUCUAUCUCAUCUUUUGAAAAUUCAUACUGAUUUCGAUGUUUAACUAGUUUCCUAAGUGUUUUAAGCCUUAAAUGCCUUUUAUUGACAGAGAUGGUGAUAAUGUAAUCUAGAGAGAUGGUGAUAUAACUCUACAUAAUUAGAUGCCCAAUUGCCCUAAACUGCCUUUAGUUUUAUUUAAUUAAUUUAUAGUGCUUCAUCCUCAAAAAGGUCCAACUGAAGCUUUCUGGUCAAGAAUCUGAACUUACUCUUUUUUAAAAAAUUUACAAAAAUUUUAGAAACAUUCUGUUUCAUUUUUAUUGUUGAUUCGUUAAUAUCUCAUCUCAAGUUUUUCUUAUCAGUUGAUUUACUCUCUGGCAUCUCUUUUAAAUGAAAUAUGAUGUUUUAUCACCAAUCGAAUUCAGGAUACUUGCUUUAUUAUCCAAUAAUAUCGAUUUCUUUCACUACAUUUACAUGUAUAGAAAACUUAUAUUGCCAAUUGGGGAUUCUUAAUCCGUCCCAUAUUAGAAUCCCCUGAUUAAUAUUAGUUGUUAUUAUUUACGGACAACUAUUUACUUAGAGCACAAAAGAGUCGCCAAAAACUGAAAAACCAUGAAAUAUAAUAUUACAAGGACAAUAAUUAAUUGUAUGAGGCUUACUUUUGGUUUAGCACUCCUACUUGAUGUUGAUGUAUUUUAGCUUUCAUUCUACUUGAUGUACUCAUUAGCUUUUACAGCGACUACAUCUGCAUAUCGUAAAAUCAGUCCUUGAUAACCCUCUUGAAAAAGGAUAAAUCCUGCAAAGAGACAAGCAGAUUAAUACAGUUACAUCAAAAUAUUUAUCCAAAGCCAUUUAUCAAACUAUAUAAAUAUAUUAUUUGUUGACAUAUUUAAAUAAUCUAAUUAUACAUAAAUAAAUUAUAAAAUGGUUAAAUUCAUUAAAUAUUUUUGCAUUAUUCAGUAAAUAAAUUUUUGAAUAUUUUGAUAAAUCUAAUUUUAUUGAUUAAUACAAUCUUAAAGAAUUAUUUUUUUAAGAAAAAAGGAAGAUUAAUACAACCACUCGUGCAUAUAUAUCAGAUUUUACAUGUUUUGGUACCUUAUAAUUCAUUGAUAUAUAAGUUAUGUCUACUUUUAUAUCUACCACAGCCACACCUUUUAAACUGUUAAAAAGAGAAAGUGAAUGUUCUUCCACCACUUCGACGUGGAAAUAAUAUAGAAGACAUCUCAUACAAAAGAAAAUAUAUAAUAUGGACAAAUUGAAUUAAUUUGCAUGGUUUAUCUUAAUAUAUAUAUAUAUAUAUUAUAUUAUGAA